CUCCAGUGGCUCAUUGGGGGGGGCGGGGGCCGGCGGCGGGUCCGCGGGGGCGGCUGCGUACGCCGCGCGGAGCGCGGGGUGGUCGCCGCGCGGAGCGCGGCGAUCGGGGUGAGCAUGGCGUCCCUCAGGUGAUGACUCGUGAGGGAUGCGCCACGCCUAGACCCGGCCGACCCGGGACCCGGGACACCCCGCGGCCCGUGACCCGGGACGCUCCACGGCCCGUGACCCGGGACGCUCCACGGCCCGGGACGCGGGACACCCCGCGGCCCGGGACACAGGAGGCCCCACGACCAGGGAGCCGUCCGUUGUGCACCGGGCCUCGGCCGAGCACCAGCCCGGCCUGCGCGGACCAUAACUUGAACCCGCCCCGCGACGUGGCGAUCAGGUCGCGGGUGCUGCUGCGGCGCACGUUGCAGGGCCCUCAGCGGGUGCCGUUGCCCCGCGAGCUGGUGCCGGUGGGUGUGCGCAUCGAGCACGACAACGCGGGUGAGGCGUGCACGGCGAGGGCAAGGUGCAUGCGGACCACGCUCUUCGUGGGUGACGGCGCGCAGCACGUGCCUGUUGAGCUGGUGUCCAGCCAGCCGAUCGUGAAGCGAGCCGUGGCGAGCCGUGUGGGCGCCUGGGCGGAGAAGCCCACGAACUCCCCGGCGCUGACGCCGGAGCUGCGGGCGGACCUGAAGCAAAGGCUGGACAGCCUGGUCUCUAUGUGCCGCACAGACUUCAAGGCGCACCCCCGCAGCUGCCGCUUCUUCCUGCGGGAGCUCUGGGAGCUGGGCCAGGUGAUGAAGGUGCCGGUCAGCAAUCGUCAGUACAGGCGCCAGCUCGCGGGGGAUUUGUACCAGUUCGUGCUGCACAUCCCCUGGCCCGCCGAGCUGGCGCCCUCGGCGGCGGAGCUGUCUGAGGACGUGUUCCUGCCACUCACGGUGAUGCUGGCGCUCGAUGCCAUCCGCUGGGAGUUCAAGUUCAACAGGGUGAGCUAUCACCUCUGCAACUGCGGAACCGCCUUUGGGUCGCAGCGUUGCCUGCUCCCGACGAGCCACAGGCCUUCCGAGUUCGCCCGGGAAGGAGACGAGCGCGCGCGGAAGGACCUCAUCCAGCGCCAGGCCAACACCUUGCUGAAUACCCAAUGCGGCAAGGCCAACUACAAGGCCAACGUGAACUCGCCCAGCCACGUGCUGGAGACCUUAAACUGGCACGUGGCUGUUUAUGACGUGCACGUGAGCACGCCCUUCAACUUCAUUUACGACGUCUUGCAGUUCUCCUCCGGGAGGGACAAGUUCUGCGCGCUGAUGCAGGGCUGCGCCAAGUUCGCCAGCGAGGCGCUGGCUACGCCGGGCUCUGAUCGGCAUUGGAUGUUCCGGAGCGUCGAGGAUAGCCUUAGCGAUGGCAGGAAGAUCUUCCGACUCUUCAAGGAGAUCCGGGAGGUCUACAAGGUGCGACGUGGCUGGAGCCGCUUCAGCCUUGGCUGCCAGGAGGAUGGCGCGCUUUCCAUCCCCGCUACCUGCGGGGUGCUGGACAUGCUUGGCCACAGCUGCUCCUUCUUCUACUACUUAGGGGACAACCUGCUCUGGGCCGCCUCCGUGGGCCUGGUGCGCUCCAAGGAAGUGCCGAGGACUUGGAAGGGCGGAAGCCGUGAGAACGGCGCCAUUCUGAGUGCUCUUGGGGGCGCCUCCAGCGUCAAACGGAAGCGCAACUGGGCCUCCAUGUGGCGCCUCCAUUUCGCCAUCAGUGCCAACAUCCUUCUCCUCUACAAGGCUGUGCGUAGGCUUGGCGUUCGCGGCUUGGAGGGGCCAGAUGACGCUCGGCUCUUCCACAGCCUGGAGAUCUUGGGGAUGCUUGCCAGCUAUCAGGUGCUCCUCUCGAACCUGAAGAUCCACAAGGCCUCAGUCACCAGGCUGGGCCUGUUGGCGAUGCUGGCGGCAGCCUGCGGUAUUUGGAGCAACUGGCGAAAGGUGCGCAGGAAGAACUGCGGGGCCAAGACCUUUGUGGUGGCCAAGGCCAUGGAGAAGUAA